CUGCAUCCAUGUAUCAUAUCCUACAUAUUACCUGCUAGUCCUCCAAGCUUGCGCUGCUGCUACCCAUUUGCAUCGUGGACGUAUCUUCGACCGCAACGCUACCUCUGUCAUCUCUCCGCCGAGACAAACAAACCCUAGAAAUUCCGGUCCUCGUCCGAGGACAGUGAGCGAAGCAUCGCUACCUAGGGUUCUACUGUUCGGUUCAUGCGAUAGCAGAAGGGGGAGAUGAUUUUUUCGAGGCUCGGCCGUUCCAUCUUGCGAUCCGGCGGGUGUUCCAGAUUAGGAAAGGGUGGUGAUCUUUUGAUACGGUGUGACGGGAAAUUUGUGUCUUAUACGACUGAGGCGACUCUUGGACCGCUUUCUGGUUUGAGGGGCUAUCUAACUUCAGUUGGAGGGAGAGGGGGGAAGGCUCUUCAGGAAAAGAGCCCCCGUGGUGACUGGAGAUUUUUGCUUGGGCAUCCUAGUUUCAGAAGGUUGUUUUCCAGCGAGUCCAAGGAUAAAAAGAACUAUGAGAACUACUACCCUAAAGAGCAGAAGGAAAUUCCGAAAGGCAAUGAGAAUGAAAAAUCUGAUACUAAAGAGGACUCAAAUACAGAUGAUCAAGGAAAUUUUCAUGAAAAUUUCAUAAAGCAAUUGCAGAAUUAUGCAACUCCAUUGAUAUUUAUUGGAUUAUUGCUUUCAUCAUUGUCUUUUGGCUCGCAUGAACAAAGAGAGAUUAGCUUUCAAGAGUUCAAGAUCAAAUUGUUAGAACCUGGUUUAGUUGACCACAUUGUUGUGUCAAAUAAAUCCGUUGCAAAAGUUUAUGUUAAGAACUCACCACAGGGUAUCCAUCAAACAAGGGAUGAUGAGUUUCAAGGCACCACGACAGAGGUACCAAGGCGCAGCAGUAGCCAUUAUAAGUUUUACUUUAAUAUUGGAAGUGUAGAAUCAUUUGAGGAGAAGUUGGAGGAAGCCCAGGAAGCUCUUGGGGUGGACCCUCAUGACUAUGUUCCUGUAACAUACGUCUCUGAAAUUAAUUGGUUUCAAGAGAUGAUGAGGUUUGCUCCGACAGCUUUUCUUGUUGGUCUCAUCUACCUGCUUGGGCGAAGAAUGCAAGGUGGACUUAGCAUUGGUGGUGGUUCAGGGCGGGGAAAUCGUGGUAUAUUUAAUAUUGGAAAAGCUCAGGUGACCAAGUUGGACAAGAAUUCCAAAAAUAAGAUAUAUUUCAAAGAUGUGGCUGGAUGCGAUGAAGCUAAACAAGAAAUCAUGGAGUUUGUUCAUUUCCUUAAAAACCCAAAGAAGUAUGAAGAUUUGGGCGCUAAAAUUCCCAAAGGCGCACUACUUGUAGGUCCUCCAGGCACAGGUAAGACGCUUCUGGCGAAAGCAACUGCAGGUGAAUCAGGUGUACCCUUUUUAUCGAUCGCAGGAUCAGAUUUUAUGGAGAUGUUUGUUGGCGUGGGGCCAUCCAGGGUAAGGAGUCUGUUUCAAGAAGCCAGGCAAUGUGCUCCAAGUAUAAUUUUUAUUGAUGAGAUUGAUGCAAUAGGCCGUGCAAGAGGUCGAGGAGGGUUUUCUGGUUCCAAUGAUGAACGUGAAAGCACCCUGAACCAGUUGCUUGUGGAGAUGGAUGGAUUUGGGACAACAUCAGGAGUUGUGGUUCUUGCAGGAACUAAUAGGCCUGAUAUUUUGGACAAGGCUUUACUUAGACCUGGUAGGUUUGAUCGUCAGAUUUCUAUUGAUAAGCCUGAUAUAAGGGGCCGUGAACAAAUUUUCCGUAUCUAUCUGAAGAAGAUCAAACUUGACAAUGAUCCAUCAUUUUACUCUGAAAGGCUAGCUGCUCUGACUCCUGGAUUUGCGGGUGCUGAUAUUGCUAAUGUUUGUAAUGAAGCUGCACUAAUUGCUGCAAGAAAUGAUGACUCAACAGUUACGGUGCAGCAUUUUGAGUCUGCCAUAGAUAGGGUAAUUGGUGGUCUGGAGAAAAAGAACAAGGUAAUUAGCAAACAAGAGAGGCGAACUGUUGCGUAUCACGAGUCAGGUCAUGCUGUUACUGGAUGGUUUUUGGAGCAUGCGGAGCCACUUCUUAAGGUUACAAUUGUCCCCAGAGGGACUGCAGCUUUGGGCUUUGCCCAGUAUGUGCCUAAUGAAAACCUUCUCAUGACCGAUGAGCAACUUUUCGACAUGACAUGCAUGACACUAGGUGGCCGUGCAGCUGAAGAGG